AGGUGAUAGCGAGCAGAGGUGCUGAGAAUGAUGGACCAUCUCGGCGAGACGUGUCUGGGCAAGGACAGCUCCGAGCUGGUCAGCAGCAUGGCGGAGGCCAAGGCCCCCCCGGCCAAACUGCCCCGCCUGGAGCAGAACGGCAGCCCUCUGGGCCGCGCCCGGCUGGGCAGCACCGGGGCCAAGCUGGCCGGGGUCCCCUACAAACCCGGCGGCCACCUGCUGAAGACCUGCCACAAGAGAGGCAACAUGCUGCCGGUUUUCUGCGUGGUGGAGCACUACGAGAACCCCAUGGACUUCGACAGCAAGGAGGAGCACACCGAGUUCGUCCUGGUGCGCAAAGACAUGCUCUUCAACCAGCUCAUCGAGAUGGCCCUGCUGUCUCUGGGCUACUCCCACAGCUCCGCCGCCCAGGCCAAAGGUAUGAUUCAGGUGGGGAAGUGGAACCCCGUCCCGCUGUCCUACGUGACAGACGCGCCGGACGCCACAGUGGCCGACAUGUUGCAGGACGUCUACCACGUGGUCACGCUUAAGAUCCAGCUGCACAGUUGUCCUAAGCUGGAGGACCUGCCGCCCGAGCAAUGGAGCCACUCUACAGUAAGAAACGCCCUCAAGGAGUUACUCAAAGACAUGAAUCAGAGCUCUCUGGCUAAAGAAUGUCCUUUAUCACAGAGUAUGAUUUCCUCCAUUGUGAACAGCACUUACUAUGCAAAUGUGUCGGCGGCAAAGUGUCAGGAAUUUGGGCGCUGGUAUAAACAUUUCAAGAAGACAAAAGAUAUGAUGGGCAUGCGCCAACCCUCCCAGCUGGAGGGCUACCUGGGGACGUGUGUCCUCCGAGAGAGCCCGCGGGCCAGUGCUCUAGCGGAAAUGGACGGCCUGUCCGACCUGUCCCCUCCCGGCUCCAACCACAACCACAACCACAACCACAACCACAACCACAUGGGCUUCUCCGCGCAGCAGCAGCCCAUCCCGGGCAGCACGGCGGAGCAGACGCCCUCCUCGCCGGUGCCCCCCCUCCCCCACGCCGCCCCCCCCCACGGCGGGCAGGCGGGGGGGCGGCUGCCCGGGCUGCACCACCCGGGCCUGGUGUCCACGCCCAUCAGCCCGCAGCUGGUCAACCAGCAGCUGGUGAUGGCGCAGAUCCUCAACCAGCAGUACGCCGUCAACCGGCUUCUGGCGCAGCAGUCCCUGUCCCAGCAGUACCUGAACCACCCGCCCGUCAACCGCAGCGCCCACUCCAAGCCCCUGGAGCCGCAGGCCGCCUCCAACACCGAGGUCUCCGCCGAGAUCUACCAGUGGGUCAGGGACGAGCUCAAGAGGGCCGGCAUCUCGCAGGCCGUGUUCGCCCGCGGUUUGCUGUCUGAGAUUCUACGCAAGGAGGAGGACCCCAAGACGGCGUCCCAGUCUCUGCUGGUCAACCUGCGGGCCAUGCAGAACUUCCUGCAGCUGCCGGAGGCCGAGCGCGACCGAAUCUACCAGGAGGAGAGGGAGCGCAGCCUCACCGCGGCCUCCGCCAUGGGCUCCGCCCCCCUCAUCAGCACCCCCCCCAACCGCCCCGUACAGGAUGUGGAGGAAGACAUUUUAGUCACAAGUAAGCAUUUCAAAAAGGAAACAAAAAGGAGGUUUUUGGGGCUGGAACCCUGUCUUAUUCAUGGAUGCUGCUGCUACAGAGCUGAGGCAAAGACUCGUCACCCCCCGAGGACCACCUCUGAAAUAUUCUGCUCCCCAAAGGACUCCGACUCCGACUAA